UACGCGGCAGAAACCGAAACCGCCAGCGGGUGGACAACUAACAGCACCUAGAUGUUUACUUCGUACAAGUUUAACAGUCUUUGCUGUCUGUAGAUCACUCUGCUGGUCGCCUGUUCUUUCGCGAAUGAGUGCCCACGUGUGUCUACCACCACUGUGACGCAGUCGACACAUUUAGUUUUUAAGUUUGAUGACCCGGCUAGGCUAGGCUCGUUAGCUGCUAACAUUAGCAGCAGAGGAAGCAGUGCAGUAAGUUGGUACUUUUGCAGUGUUUCAGCGUCUUAAGUUGUUCUGACAGCCCAUAUGGCUCCUCAAGGAUUACUUGUUUGCAGGUAACUAGACGUACUGGCUUAGUUCGAAGUGUGAGUGGUAGUCAUCUGAAGUUGUGCUCUUUAAGUCCCUCAACAUGUCUAAUCAGCUGACCGCAGAGCAGCAGCGAAAGAUUGAGGAGAACAGGCGGAAGGCUUUAGAGAAGCGAGCCCAAAGACUUGGACAGGCUGUCAGCACCAAUAAGCAGACCUCAGAAGGAUUGAGCAGUACUUCAGUGCAGAUACAGCCCCCUAAACAGAGUGUUGCUCCGUAUCUUGCUGCCCUACCCAGUGACAGAGACGCAUCCAGCUCAGUUUCUGCACCAAAACUGUUUGUUCCACCCCCCAGAAAAGAGACACAGAGCUUCAGCAGCCAAAAUCAGGGCCCCAAGCAUCAGCAGUCAUCUGGUGGUGGCAACCAAAUCAACCAGAGUGCGCUGUGUAACAGCAGACAGAUACAAGUUAUUGACCCACUUCCUCAGACAAGUCAACACGUGAGCAGCACUGUCUUGUCUAGUGGAGGAAACAUCGGCGUGAAACCAGCACAGCCUAAACCUACCCUCACCUCCAGCAGCUCUGGUGGUGCAGUUGGCUCAUUCUACAAGCAAGCAACUAAUAAACCUGUGGCAUCGCUUCCCUCAAACCUCUCAACUUUGAGUGCUGUACCUGCAAAAAAGGCUGCCAUCUCUGCGAGAGGAAAAUGUGUGCUUCACACAGAGGACCGCUUCAGAGUCGAAGUGGGCUACCAUGCUGAGCUUAUUGCUGUUUUCAAAUCCAUCCCUUCCAAGACCUAUGACCCUGCCACAAAGAUGUGGAACUUCAGCCUGGAGGACUAUCAACAGCUAAUGGAAGAGGUGGCCUCCAUUCCCUCUGUGUCUUUGAGGCCUCUGGAGGGCAUGGAGGCGGUGGAUGUUGCAGCAGCCACCAGCCGAGCUCGUGACGGCGCAGCACUGGGGGCACUGCUGAAGCUGUGCAGCGGCUGGCAGAAACCUGGAGCCACUCUGCAAGGCCAGUGCAUCCUGGUGUCUCGGACGAAGUUUGAGGUUGACAUUGGUUACCAUGUCGAUGUCAUUGCAGCGUUCAAGCAAAUGCCAACAAAGAACUAUGACAUGAAAACAAGAAAGUGGAGCUUUUCACUUGAGGAUUACAAGAGACUCAUGGAUCUCCUCAGUGGGAUAGCAGCAGUGGAGGUGGAGCCUCUGCCCAGGGCAGUAAUCCAGGCUUUCUCUGCCAGGUUUGACGGGACUGAAGCCAGGUCUUUAGACGUCCCUGAGGCAGACCUCUCCAACAUCGAUUCCACUCUCACCCUGAGCCUUAUGCCCUUCCAGAGGGAGGGAGUCAAUUUUGCAGUGUCUAAACAAGGCCGCCUCCUCCUGGCUGAUGAUAUGGGCCUGGGAAAGACAGUGCAGGCCAUCUGCAUAGCAGCCUUCUACAGGGAUGAGUGGCCCUUACUGGUGGUGGCUCCUUCCUCUGUACGAUUCACCUGGGCUGAGGCCUUCAGACGCUGGCUCCCCUCCCUGAGUCCCGACAGCAUCAACGUGGUGGUGAAGGCUAAAGACAGUCUACGGUCUGGUUUGGUCAACAUCAUCAGCUACGACCUGCUGAGCAGGAUGGACAAGCAACAGCCAGGAAACCCCUUCAGUGUUCUCAUCAUGGAUGAGUCCCAUUUUCUGAAGAACAUAAAGACUGCUCGGUGUAAAGCUGCAUUGCCCCUGCUGAAGGCAGCAAAGAGAGUGAUUCUUCUGUCUGGGACCCCUGCCAUGUCCAGGCCCUCUGAGCUCUACACCCAAAUUCUGGCUGUCAGACCUACACUCUUCCCUCGCUUCCACGAGUUCGGGAUGCGCUACUGCAAUGCCAAACAGAUGACUUGGGGCUGGGACUACUCAGGCUCCUCUAACCUUGGGGAGUUGAAGCUGCUGCUGGACGAGUGUCUGAUGUUGCGCCGUCUCAAGUCCGACGUCCUGUCCCAGCUUCCUGCAAAACAGCGCAAGGUUGUCACAGUGACCAUAGAUGGGAUCAACACCCGCACAAAAGCUGCUCUGUCAGCUGCUGCCAAAGAAUUAGCAAAGGGACACCGCAAUAAAAUAGAAGAGAAGGAAGCCCUCCUCAUCUUUUAUAACCACACAGCUGAAGCUAAGCUACAAGCUAUUAUGGAGUACAUCACAGACAUGCUGGAGUGUGGGAGGGAGAAGUUUCUAGUGUUUGCCCACCAUAAGUUAGUUCUGGAUCAUAUCACCUCCGAACUGGGGAAAAAGAACGUCAGUUUCAUCCGUAUUGACGGGGCCACACCAUCAGCUGAGCGACAGCAGCUGUGCGAGAGGUUUCAGUACUCAGCCAAGACCUGUGUGGCUGUGCUGUCCAUCACUGCAGCUAACAUGGGUCUGACCCUGCACUCUGCAGACUUGGUGAUCUUUGCUGAGCUUUUCUGGAACCCCGGGGUUCUCAUUCAGGCAGAGGAUCGGGUGCACCGUAUUGGACAAACCAGUAAUGUGAACAUUCACUACCUGGUUGCCAAGGGAACUGCUGAUGAUCACCUGUGGCCAAUGAUCCAGGAAAAAAUGAAUGUCUUGGAGCAAGUAGGUCUAUCUGAGUCAAACCUCUCAGACAACGCAGUGAACGCCAGCUUCCACUCUAAGGACCCUAACCAGAGGAGCAUCAUGGAGAUGUUCCAGAGAUCUUUCUCAGCAGAUGACGACAUAGAUGAAGCUAUCUUACUGGAGGCUGCAAACGAUUGGGAGGACACUCCGCCUGAAAAUAGCACUGGUCAGCACCACAACAUGGUUGGACAAAGCCCCAGCACAAGGAGCAUCAAAGACUUUUUCAGCAGAUGACUUGGAAAAUGUUUUGACUUUGACUAGUUUUCAGGCUAUCAUGACUGAUGUGACGUUAUCUUGAUGUAAAAUAAUGGUUUCAUAAAUCUAUAUAUAUGUUUUGUUAAUAAAAUAAAAUAAAUAAAUCUGA